AAACAUAUAAUAUUCAUGCUGUUCAUACUCCAUUCUUCUCGAGGCGGGAACUUGUUAGCUAUAGACAUCAAAUUGCCUUCUUUAAUAUUGUACCUUCCGUACCGUGUUUGAGAAGAACUUUCAUUCCCCAACGAUCGCUGGGCUGAGAAGUUAACUAUUUACCACUGGAUUUCAAAAAUUUGCACCUUUCCAUUGUGGGUUUGAGAAAUAAUUUGCUUUCAUUCAAACACAUCAGAAAUGGAAAUCGACGAGCCAAAGUCGGUCAAUUUUCAUGUGGAUGAAGCAGAGGAUUCAUUUUUACAGUUUGUGGCAUCGGCACAGUCAAUGUUAGCCGCAGGGGAGUCGGACACGGAAAAGGAUUUGAGCAAGGGGCCUCCCUGGAGUUGGGUGUGCACACAAAUCCUUGCAACUUGUAAAGCUUAUUCCAGUGGAGUCACUUCUGCUAUUCUCCUGUCAGACCUUCAUCAGGCUUGGCAGGAGCAAUCUAGGGCUGAAAGUUCAAAAGGUAAAUUGAAUUACAAUAUCACAAGAAAUAGAAGGCAAAAGCAAAACCGUUCAAGGCUUCAAAAUACUGUGAUGAUUGAUUCAAUUUAUGAGAAGAAAUUUUUGCCUUUGGAAGGUGUCUUGGAGGCAAUAAUUGUGAACAUUUUUCUUCUUCCAGGUACAAGUUGCUAUAUGCUAUGUUUGGGAGAUUCAUGGAGCUCAAAAACCAUUGAUCUCUACCUUCAUCAAAAGUUCUAUGACCUUGUACAGCCCGAACGUGGGGUCUUGAGAAAUGGUCGAGAAAUACGUUUAACAGGUUGUCGCCUACGAAAUACAACAGGAUCUGGUCAGCCACGACUUCUUCCAACAGAACAUCUUGUGAUUUUACUUGAUGAGGAUCAAGAUGAUGAUUUAAUGCUGCUUGGAGCACAGUUCUGUUCAGACUCUUUUGUUUCCAUUUCUCUUGAUGCUGUUAAAGCUGGACAUGGGUACUGCUUCUUUGCACGAGUUGAAAAGAUUGGAGCAAUAGAAGUUCAAGGCCAGUCUGGUCGUUUGAAAAGACGUCAAAUAUUUAUUACUGAUAAUUGUGGUAGCAGCUUGGAAUUUAUUGUGUGGGAUGAGCAAAUUCUUCUCUCAAAUCUCUUCAGUGAAGGUAGUUGGAUUGCAUUGGAAAAGCCUUUUAUUGCACAGGACUCCGACUGUGGCAUAGGGACAUCUGCAGGAAUUUGUCUUGAAUAUGGUAGUGCAACACGGCUAUACUGUGUACCAUAUGUUUACCAUGAAGAGGAGGUGAUCCUACCUUCACAAAACCUGACUCAAUUAACAAGGCCUUUGAAUAUUUCUAAUUGUACCACAUUGGAAUGCGGAUUCCAAGGAGCUAGAACAUCUCAGGUGCUGCUGCGUUGUGAUUCUCAAGGUUCUCUUGACUUCAGCAAUUUUCCCUUUCGGUUGUUUGUAGUGGACCUUCGAGAUAAAAUGUCAAAAUUUUCCUUAUAUGGAGUGGUUACUUUUCUUGGUCGUACUAUUGAUAGCAGCAAUAGUAUUUUCCUUCUGAAGAUUGAAGACUCCACUGGGUCUAUAAUCAUAAAGCUGAACUUCAACAAGGAAUGGUCAGCUGGUAUGAUCUGCUGUGGAGACACAGUCUUUUUGUCUGGCCUGGCCUGUUAUGCAACUUCUGAAGGCAGGUUGGAGUGUUCAUGGCAUGAAAGCAAUGGUGACACAUCAAUAACCAACAUAAGUCAGCUUCCAGCAUUACUAAAUUCAUCCUGUCUUCAUCACAUUUCCUCUCUUUCCUCUCUUUCCUCUCAGAUGAAUAGUACACAAGUUUGCAGGGUUCUUAUCGAAAGAGUUGAACUUCACCAGUUGAACAUAGAAUUAUCGCAUUCACACUGUGGCCAUUCUGUGAACGAAGAACCUGAUGGUUUGCCAAUCUGUAGUUUCUGUCUCUGUGUCUGUGACAGGGAAGUAACUCCAAGCUUCAGUUUUACUGUUAAACUUAAAGAUGAUAGCAUGGAGCUCUCUGCCUAUUGUUCGGGGCAAAGUGCAGCAGAAUUGUUGCAAGUGUUUCCAAAUGAAUUUUGUACAUGGCCUGAGGAUGAGCAAGCUAUGUACCUGUAUACCAUUGAAAAUGAUGAGUUUAUUGUUGCAAUUUGCAAAAAUAUGUGUAACAACAAUAAUUAUCAAGAGGCCCAUAACACAAAUCCAGAUUCAAGUAGGACCACUUGGAGAAUUACACGUGCUUUAAAGUGUGAAUGACAUCUCUCCUCAGGGCUCCUCUAGCUACAAGAUUUUUAUGGUAACAGUGAGCAUGAUUUACAUGGUGAGAAGAUCAAAGACAGCAUGAAUGCAUCAAAAUGAGAGUGAUCUUGUACAUGAUUUUUUGGAGAAUGUUAAGUCACAGCAAUUGGAUAGAAAGCAAUCAAGUUUUUACUAUUUGACAUGUUUGUUCCAGCAUGGGAUGGACAAGAUGGGUAAUUACUUCCUCUUGAGAUAAGAUUUAUAAGAGGUGUAACAGCAUGUGAGGGAAUUCAAUCCUAUCUUGAUUUUUCACUGACAGGAAAGUGAAAUAUUUGUUGCCAAAUAUGUUUAUUUAGUUAAAAGAAGAGUAUAGUGGUAUAACUAUCAGCAGCCUUGAAUUUUACAAGAUAGAUAUAUCUGUCCUAUUUGGCUAGAGGUCGACAAAUUUGAUGAAGCUAAUGGACAGGUUCUCCCGUAAAUUUUCACUGCUCUUACUCAUCACAUCUCUAUUGAAUGUAAAACCUGCUGGUUCUACUGAUUAUAUAGUCAAAUAUUCUUGGUCAUUUGUGGACAUUAAUAAAAUUUAUUUCUCCUCC